GUUAGGACACCUCGGACGACUGUGGAGAAAAUUAUCCUCCCUCCGUCGGAUGAUUAAUCGUCUAAUCGAUCCAGCGAGUGAGGGACUUAUCCUCCGACCGACUAAAACGAGAAAUCCCUCUCAGGAAAGCAUGGACCAUCUCCUCCGGGAUAGGGGGUCAUUGGUGGCUGCACUCGGCGCUGGGGUUGUCGUUGGCAUCUCGGGAAUCUACAUGUACUACCGACUUAACAAGACGAUGUCUCGGGAAAUCGGUCAUCUGGCGGGGACUAUCGACAACCUUAAGCGAGAGAUUGUGGAUCUCCGCGUACGCGAAGAACUUCUCGAGGCGGCCGCUAAGGACAAGCUCAUCAAGAGGACGGUCAGAAGAGUUCCUCAGUCGAUGAGAGCUCGUCCUACGGUCGACAGUCCGGCGUCUUCUUCCUCGGCCACGAAUUACGUGACCGCUUCCGAAGCGACGCUGGUCAACGGCGUCUUGAGUGACGAUGAUGACGAGGAGUUCUUCGAUUUCUCGGACGACGACAACAACAGUCUCGAUGCCGAUAAUGAAGAAGUUCUAACAUCAUCAUCACUCACCGGCGAUAGAUGGAUCGAAGUCAUCGACGGCAGACUUGACGACGCGAAGUUCGACAAGCAAGAACUCUUUGUCCAAAUGAAAAUCAAAAAAGGCGAUUACGUUCGACAUCCUGGCUAUCUAUGGAGGCUCGCCAAAUCGGCGCAUUUCGCGGGAAUCGUCGUUCAAAGUGCAGGCGACAUUGCCCGUAAACGGGAACUAGCUUUCGAAGCUCACAAGUACGCUUCUGAAGCUCUUCAGCUCGCCCCCGAAGAUCCGGAAUGUCACAAAUGGUACGCCAUAGCGGUGGGCUCGCUCUCGGAGUUUGUUGGCACACAGCAGAAGAUCCAGAACGGCUACGAAUUCAAAAAACAUGUCGACUGUGCCAUCAAACUGAAGCCGCAGGAUCCAACGCUCCACCACAUGCUGGGGAGAUGGUGUUACGAGGUUGCCCAGUUGUCGUGGGUCGAGCGGAAGCUAGCGUCUACUCUGUACGCGACACCUCCGCAAGCAUCCCUCUUGGAAGCUCGAACUCAUCUCCUCGAAGCGGAGAGACUGAAGCCAAACUGGAAAGAGAACAUGCUGUAUAUCGCAAAGACAUUCAUUGGUGAAACCAAUUAUGCCCCUGCGAUAUCGUGGAUCGACCGCGCUGUUGCUGUCCAGGCCGAAACCGAAGGUGACAGAGUCGCUCACAAACAGUUGGAAACUCUUCGACAAACCUAUUCCAAGUAUCGCGAAUAGCGCGUUCAAUCUCGAGAAGCGAUUCCAAAUGGCAGACACAAGUUGCUCGGCCCGUGUGUACACAACAACUGUGAGACAACCGCUUAGAUUGCGAAUCACGGCGGGAAUUCACGUCAGUGAAGAAGAGAAAUCGGGUGGAGGAACUCGAGCGAUUCUGCGCCUCGAAUGAAUCGUGCGCAUUGGAACGUUGUGAUAUUUGAAGUGGUCAAAUGUGUAGCCUCGUGAAAAACAACCGAUGAUGAAGAUGACGCGAGAGCCUCCGGUCAGCGAACGGUGGAGUCGAGGCCGUCUUCAUAUCGCCUCGAUAUCGCGAUCCAGCGGAAUCUCUAUCGAGAUCUGUACACUCGAUCAGGUACGAUUUGCGCGAGGUGAAUCCCUGAUUAUCGAAUCUGUCUGAUGCACGCCGGCUGUGCAUCUGUCGGUCUGACCUUCUCACCACGAGUCAUUUAUGUAAAAUUCUCUGAGCUGAGACUCCUUCUCAUGUACGGAAGAUUUCGACCGGCGGAUUCCGAUCCGGUCGGAGAGCGUACUCAUCCUACAUAGUAAUUUGAAGAAAUUAGAGAGAACGGUGGAGGUAUAUCAGAAGAUACCUAAUGCAAUAUACAUAUAC